AAAAAGGGGGAUAAGGGAAAAGGAUUAGCUUUUUUAUACACACCGAGCUAGAGAGCAGAGCGAGCGAGCGAGCGAGCCAGAGAGAGAGAGAGAGAGACCAAGUAUGACGAGCGUGAGUGGGUGUGGGUCGGUGAGCCUAAUUACUAACCGCAGUACGUUUCUGGGUAGCGGACUUCAACACCGUGCCGUUUUCCUGAAACCAUGGUCGUCGUCUUCUUCGUCUUCGAUUCAGUCUCGGCCCAUGGUCGUCGAAUCCAAAACCAAAACCAGCACCGAAGAUCGAACCGCCCGCCAUUCUCGUAUCCGUAAGAAGGUGUUCUGUUUCUUCCCUCUUUUAAUUUUUAUCGCCGGAUUGUUCUAGAAUCUCUAAUUUGUGACAAGGAGACUAGUUUAGGAUAGUGAGUAAUGUAGAAUCGGCGAUGAAAUUGAGUGUUUUUAUUAGAGUCUGAGAACACAAUGUAACCAGGUUGUUGUAAUUAACAAAUUGAAGCAAUGUAUAUGUAAUUGAGUUUUGUUAAUGUGUGUAAGUGAGUGAAUCUCGUUGUUACACUUUUGUUGAUAGGCUAACGGUACAACAGAGAGGCCAAGGCUAUGCGUAUUCCGUUCAAACAAGCAUCUUUAUGUUCAAGUGAUUGAUGAUACUAAGAUGCACACUUUAGCUUCAGCCUCAACUAAGCAGAAACCUAUCUCUGAAGAGUUUGACUACACCUCUGGACCAACCAUUGAGGUAGCGAAGAAAGUUGGGGAAGUGAUAGCAAAAUCUUGCCUGGAGAAAGGGAUCACAAAGGUGGCCUUUGACCGUGGUGGCUACCCUUACCAUGGACGCAUUGAAGCUCUUGCCGCUGCAGCUCGUGAACACGGUCUUCAGUUUUAAUCCGUCCUUUUUUCUUUCCUUUGUUUCUUUUCUGAGGAACCGUCGCAUAUGAAUGUAGAGAACCCAUUUCCCUCAAUUGAAAAUGUUGAAAUUUUUAUCUAUAAUUUUGGUAUAGCCUGUAUAAACCAAGGCCCCCCCUGAACAAACAUGUAUCCAAACACACACAAAAGUAUCAUAAGUUGCAUAAGAACUGCAACUUCAGUGAA